CUCCCAGGGCAACAGAGAAGGGCAGGAAGUGACGCGAUGUUAGUAACACUGACUUCCGCUUCGUCUGCUUGCUGCUGCAUCUGAGGCUGCUGCGGCUGCGACGGAAGAUCCCGAGUGAGCGGGGCUGUGGGCGUCAGACUGGAAAGAGGACACAAGAUUGUACAUCACAUUACUGAGCCAUGGUGGAGUAUUACGAAGUUUUGGGAGUCCAGAGGAAUGCCUCUGCAGAUGAUAUUAAGAAAGCAUACCGCAGGCUAGCCUUAAAGUGGCAUCCCGAUAAGAACCCUGACAAUAAAGAUGAAGCCGAGAGGAGGUUCAAAGAAGUUGCUGAAGCUUAUGAGGUCCUGUCAGAUUCUAAAAAGAGAGAUAUUUAUGAUAAAUAUGGAAAAGAAGGACUGACAAAUCGUGGUGGUGGCAGUCACUUUGAUGAAGCGCCAUUUCAAUUUGGAUUUACAUUCCGAAGCCCAGAUGAUGUUUUCAGGGACUUCUUUGGGGGAAGAGAUCCAUUUUCAUUUGAUUUAUUCGCCGACGAUCCAUUUGAUGAUUUCUUUGGCAGAAGUCGUCACAGAGCAAACAGAAGUAGGCCAGCAGGAGGCGGAGGAGGUCCCUUUCUCUCUACCUUUGGAGGUUUCCCUGCCUUUGGCCCUAGCUUCUCUCCAUUUGACUCUGGUUUUAGUUCUUCAUUCGGGUCAUUUGGUGGCCAUGGGGGUCACGGUGGUUUUACUUCAUUUUCCUCUUCGUCGUUUGGCGGUUCAGAAAUGGGUAACUUCAGAUCCGUAUCGACCUCAACUAAAGUAGUUAAUGGAAGAAGAGUUACAACAAAGAGAAUUGUUGAAAAUGGACAAGAGCGCGUUGAAGUAGAAGAAGACGGGCAGUUAAAGUCCUUAACAGUAAAUGGUGUUGCAGACGAAGCAGCGUUGGUGGAAGAGUGCCGGCGCCGGGGACAGAACGCUCUACCUUUUCAACCCUCCAGUAGCAGCAGCAGCGGCGGUGGCGGCGCAAGAACCUCCAAACCUCACCGGCCUGCUGGUCUUCCUAGACACGGCCAUAACUACAAAAGCGACGACGAGGAGGAACCGGAAAGGAUGAGGGGUACAAGCAACUGGGAAUCUGCAGGACACAAAGAAGGGAGCAAGAGAAAGAAGCAGAAGCAAAGAGAAGAGUACAAGAAAAAGAAGUCUUCCAAACCAAUCUACUAACGCGGACAAGGGAGGCCUUAAAAAAAAAAAAACCUCACACCGGAGAGCACCGUAAUUCUAUGGCCGUAACUUCGACACCAAUUUUGUUUGAUUAGAUAACAUUUUUGGAGCUUAGGCGACAACUAGGGAUUU